CAAUAUUGGGUUGCGCCCGUGAGGAGUAAUAAAUUGAUUUGAAUUAGAAGAGGAUUGAAUGGGAUGGAAGAAGAUGAUGUGCAAUUAAACCCAAAUCCUUCUUCAUUAAUGGAGAUCAGAAUUGCGUGCUUAGGGGUUAUAUACUACGGAGUAUAAAUACAUACACGAGCUGCCCGUUGCUUCGUCAGCGCCGCCGUCGAUGGAUACCCCAGCCGUCGUUGUGAUUACGUUCGUCCUGUCCCUGACUAUCACUCGCUCCCCUUUCGUCGCCGGAGAAAUCAAGCACACUGAGAUCCGGGCAGAUGGCAGGUCGGUGAUUAGUCUAAACGAGUUUUUCUUCACCAGGGGCGGCGGGCAAUUGGAGCUCAACAUCACCAGCCUCUCCUUCCUCCCUGCGCCGCCGCCCGACCCGGCCUCCCUCUCCAAAAUCGGCUUCGUCCUCUUGCCGCCCCUCACAUGGGCAAAACUGUUCAACCCCCUCACCUGCGCCUUCGAUUACCCCGACGCCCACAAGGUGCUAACCAUGGAUCAGAUCCCCACAGCCGCCUCUGCCGAAUGGAAUCUUCUUCUCCCCUCUCCCCCACCCAACUACCGCGAAUUGGUGUUUGCAAAUUGUCUCUCUUUCGAAUUGAAGGUCUUCCUGAAUGUCCGCUCUGCAAUGUACAACCAAGUGGAGAGCAGAGCUGGAAAGCCUCCCACAAUUAGUCAUCUCAUGGGUGGCCCAGCAGUACCCAAGAUUCAUUUCCAGUUCUCCAAUGUUUACGUUGCUUUGGGGGUCAUUUGGAUUGGGCAUGUACUGCUUAACAAGAAUAGGCAGCAUAAUGUUGGAUGGAUCCAUUACCACAUGCUGGCUACCUUGCUGUUGAAGGCCUUGAACCUGUUCUGCGAAGCUAAACAGAAGUUUUAUAUUGAGCGAACCGGAUCGGCUACAAGGUGGUUGGAUUUCUGGUCCUGGACAUCAAGUAUCUUCGAGACGUAUUCUUUUCGCACUGCAAUGUAUUUAAUUGGAUCACUUGGAUGCACUCAAUCGCAGUUAAGACUAGAUGAAUUUGAAAAGUUUGUCCUUUUCCCGCUUUUGGGUGUCUCACCAUACCCUUGGUUCUUAGUGUUUGCACUGCAGUCUUCUUUGUCUGCCAAGAAGAAACUGCUGGUGGACCGAGCUAAUCAUAAGAGGGCUACCAUUGUUCUGAAGAAGUAUGAGGCUAUCAGCCAUUACAUCAAACAGACGGAAUGGUACAUUUUCAUUGGUCUUCACUUGGAGUUCUUAUUCACCCUUUCGAAACAUUCAUUUCCAACCCAUUUGGCUCUUGUGGCUUGGGAGCUUAGAACACUUGCGCUCUAUGCAUACACAGGGUACAUGUUGGCUCCCAAGGAAGACAAUCCUGAUCAUCAAAACCUUGUGAUUAACGAUGAUGAGGAGAAGGCUGCAAUUAGAAGGCUGAAUGCCAUAGAUAAGGAGGAGUAUGAUCGUAGAUACGGAGUACAUUUCUAAUAGUAUUCUAUAAAGUUAUUGCAAUUACAGAUGUGUUGCAAUUUGAUAUUUUAUAUAAAAAAUGAAACUAAAGAUGGAAAAAUAAGUUAAGUUGGAGUAGAUAUUAAAGUUGUCAUGAUAGAUCAUCGAUAUAUGGUGGUGUCAAUAAAAUCUCAUACACUCGUGUACAUAAGAAUAUAAUAUUCCUAUAUAGGAAAACUUCUUAAAUUACUCCUAGGUCACUUACGUAAACCCUCGUUAUUGAAUUUUGGUUAGGUGAACUCAUUUUAAUAUCCUCUAUAACUCUUACUCUCUCCAUCACAAUAGAUUGUCGUAGUUUGACUUUUUGAGUCAAACUAUAACAUACUUUGACCACAAAUUCAAGAACCAACUAUGACAAACCCCAAGCUUUUCAGGCUAAGAACUGAUGUAAGAAAUUCUAAACUUUGGCUUUAGAUUCGUGUGUUACAUUGUCAAUAUAUUUGUUCUUUUUUGAUAAGUUACCACGAGUAUAUUAUGAAUGUGCCAGAUAUUUUUUGUACUUUAGGUUCUGUUUGGGAAGACUGCAUUGGUAUAUCUGUAAUGGAGUGUUGUUUUUCUCCAUCGAUGGAUGACCAAAAGACAAAGAGAUGAACUUGAUGGACUGUGAAGCUGCAGUUUCCUCCUAUGUUGGCGGUUCAUAGAGCCUCAAAUAUGGUUGAUAGAGAAGCUAUACAAAGAUAUAAGAGCUACUAUAAGCUCCAAAGCAAGCUAUUGAUGAGAAUGUUAAACCGUCUGAGAUUGAAGAGGUUGAACCAUCUAGGACAACUCUUGGACGACAUUAUCUCCAAGACAUCAGGCUGCAGAAGGUGCAAGAACUGCUUCUAAUUUAAAUACUAGUCAGUACUGGGUUUAGUUGUCUGGUGUGAUAUUCUUUGCAUCUGUUUUCAGUGUUUAAUAAGGGAAGAAAGGAGUACCAAAAAAACAAAAUAAAAUAAGGGAACACUC